AUGCAAUUGAUUCUCCACCCGCUUUCGACAGGAUUUAUGAAAUAUGCAAUAGGAUGGCCAGACCUUAUUCUCACCACUUCACAAAUAAGCCCUCUAAUUCAAAACUGGAAAGUAGAAAAGCAGGAAAGUCUAUCAGAUCGCAGAUUCAUUACUUUCCAAAUUGAAAAAAGCACAUUCAUCCCAAUUAUUAAAUGCUAUAACUCACCAAUAAAUAAAAUUCUAGCAUUCAGUAGAAAAAUAAGAAAUAGCUUACUUAUUCAUGAACAGCAACUUAUCCACAUCCAGUCACCAGAAGAAUUUGAAAAUCUCACCGAUUUAUUACUAACUGAUAUACAAGAUACUUGCAAUGAAAUCCUUUCCCAGUGUCAUUCAAAACAGCUGCAAUCACUAAAAUGGUGGACGAAAGAUCUCAGAAUACAACAAAAGAAAUGCAGAGCUCUCAGGCGUAAAUUAAAGUCUGAAGGACGUUACAUGAUCCAAUCAAAUGUAUUGCAAAUUUAUCAAAGAGAACAGGCCCUUUACAAGCAGAUGAUUGUGCAGGCAAAAAUUAACUCCUGGCAUCAAUUUUGUACCGAAAAUAAAAAUGUAUAUGGUCUACAUCAUAAAAUUGGCACAGAUAAGCUCUUUACACCAAUGAAACUACACCUUCAACCAACAAGCUCCCAAGGUUCCAGUCUUUCAGAUGUAACUAUCAAUCACAUUUUAGAUGUAACUAUGUAUCACAUUUUCGAUACAGUGUUCCCAGAUGAUGUCGUCGCUAAUUGA